AUGGUGGUAGCUGCUGGCUCCAAGUUCAAUUUGAGAAGAGGGAACAGUGGUUCCUGUUCUUCUCAUAAUGUUGUUAUCAAUGACUAUAAUAAUAAUAGUAAUAACUGUGAUGGAGAGUUUUCUAGGAUUAAUAAAAGUGGUUGCUUUUCAUCAAUGGUGGAUGUUGUUGAUAAAGACUCUUCUUGUGUUUCGUUCACUACCUUUAAUAUCCUUGCUCCUAUUUACAAACGGAUUGAUCCACAGAAUCAAGGACUUAGAGAAAGUGAUUUCAGAUCAUUUUGGUUGGCUAGGAAUCAAAGGAUUCUUGAUUCAUUGCUUUCUGAAUCUUCUUCUAUUAUGUGCUUACAGGAAUUUUGGGUUGGAAGUGAAGAACUAGUUCACAUGUAUGAGAAGAGACUUGGGGAUGCUGGCUACCAACUCAUUAAGCUUGCUCGAACCAACAACCGUGGAGAUGGUCUGCUGACUGCUAUACACAAAGAACGUUUAAGUAUCAUAAAUUAUCGAGAAUUGCUUUUCAAUGAUUGCGGUGACCGUGUUGCUCAGUUGUUACAUGUUCGAUCAGUUAAUCCCAUUUUACAAAACCAAAAAUACAGUGUUCACCAAGAGUUUCUGAUUGUGAAUACACACUUGCUUUUUCCUCAUGAUUCAAGUCUGUCUAUAGUGAGAUUGGACCAGGUUUAUCAAAUAUUACAAUAUGUGGAAUUGUAUCAGAGAGAAAACAGGCUCAAACCGCUGCCUAUUAUUCUAUGCGGCGAUUGGAACGGAAGCAAGCGUGGACAUGUUUACAAGUUCCUUAGGUCGCAGGGUUUCGCAUCAUCAUAUGAUAUUGCGAAUCAGUAUACUGAUAGUUAUGCAGAUGCACACAAGUGGGUUAGUCACAGAAAUCAUAGAGGAAAUAUAUGUGGUGUUGACUUCAUUUGGCUUUGUAAUCCUAACCAAGCGCGUAAACCCUUGAAAACAAGUUGGGCUGAAGCUGUAUUUAGUAUACUAAAGUUCCAGCUUCGGAAGGUAUUAUUGUCUGAAGAUGACGCAUUUACCUUUUUGAAAGGUGACAACUCUGCUGAUUCCGUUAAAGCAUUUACCUUUUUGAAGGGCAACACCUGUGUUGAUGCUGUUACGUAUGUUAGGUUCUCUGAAGCACUCCGCCAGGUUAAGUUGAUUGGUGUGCCUUAUGGACUAUGCUUUCAACAGUUGCAAGAUCUAUGGAAUCAAGCUGAUGUAGAUGGAAAUGGUGUCAUCGACUUUGAAGAAUUCAAGCAAAAGAUUUGGAAUUCUACAUGUUCAGAGCAUGUAUUGGAAAAUCUCAAUGGAUGCAUGGAGAAUUCUAGUACCGAGCAAGAGCAAGAAGCCAUUGGUUUUAAGGUGAAGAAUGCGAUGUUGUUUCCGCGUGAAAUGGAGAAAGGACUUUGGCCUGAAGAUUACUCUCUCUCUGAUCAUGCAAGGUUAUCAGUUGUAUUUUCACCGGCAAAGAUGUCUCGCCCGAUGUUAUAA